AUGGCGUCCCCGUCCGCGCCGCCGGCGUCGUCGUCGUGGGUCAUCCUAGGCAGCAUCGCACGUAUCUCUGACUCUACGCCGGCGGACGGCGGCGACGCCUCCGUCGCGCUCACCUCGCCGCCGCGCGUCUCGAUCGUCACCGUCACCCCGCGAGUCUUCCCGGAUCCACCCACGCCCCACUUCUUCCCCUUCGUCCUCGCCGCGGACCCGUCCGGCCUGCUACUCCUGCAGGCCAACCUGCACUGCACCCCGACCCGUGAAGUCGUCGACCUCCCUGGCGAAACCGGCUUCACCUGGAAAUACUACACCUCGCGCUACUUUGUGCUCGACGUCGCCACCGGCUCGGCGCUCCACCUCCCUGACCCCCAGACCGCCGCCGCCAUCAUGCACCAGGCCCUCCUUGGCCUUGUCGUCUCCCCUGGUGGCGGCGGCCACUACAUGGUCGCGGAGCUCCAACCUUUCAUCGGCACCAACACGGCCACGCUCCUCUGCUUCUCUACAGAGGUUGGGGAGUGGGUCGCCAAGCCCGUCCAUUACCCGCUCGAGCCCCGGCCCCGGCCGUGGGCUGCCAUCGGCGUGCUCUCGCUACACGGGAGGCUCUGGUGGGUCGACCUCUCAUGGGGCGUCAUCACCUGCGACCCCUUCGCCGACGAGCCGCUCCUGGGCUUCAUCCCGUUCCCUCCGGAGAGGGUGCUCAAGUGUGGGGAAGGUCGGCGAGUCAUCGACAAGUACCGAUGCGUGGGUGUGAGCGCCGGCAAGCUGCGCUUCGUCGACACGUACGCUCGCGGCGGGGACGCUCGCAAGAUCGCCGUGUGGACGCUGGCCGAUGCAGACUCCAUGGAGUGGACACUGGAGCACGAGGCGAGGUUUACAGAGAUCUGGGCCCAUCGGAGCUACAAGGCAACCGGGCUGCCCAAGAAGAUCCCCACGCUCGCGCUGAUUCACCCCAAGAACCCCGACGUCGUCUACUUCUUUCUGGAAGAGCACCUCUUCGGCGUUGACGUGCGUGCUCGCAGGGUCGUCGAGUGUGAGGUCUAUGGCCUGGUUGCGCCGCCCAGCAACCGCAUCGCCAGCCGCUUCGUUCGGGCUUGGGAGCUUCCGCCGUCACUCUCCUCAGGUAAUGAUGCCAUGACUCCUCUCAUAUAUUCCCCUGUUUCUAUGUCCCUUGUCCAUUGA